AUGGAAGACCUCCUCUCCCGCCACCGCAAAGAGCAAAAAGACCUACAAGCCCGUAUAACACAAAAGAAGAAGUCAGCGACUAAGAAAACCCGCCGCGGAAUCAACGAUGAGUGCGACCGACUCCAGCGAGAACUCACGGAGCGCCACCAGGCCGAGAUCGCGGAAUUGAACGGCGAGACAGCACCACCUGCUGAUGCUCUAGAGGAUCUUGACUUGAACGGUGAGGCUGCGACGAAUGGCGAUACCAAGGAGUCGGAGAGUACACAGGAAGGAAGCGGAACUGGAGAGCCAUCAACACCAGAUUCAGCAUCGGCAUCGACAUCGGCAUCGCCCUCACCAACACCAUCGACGGACUCCUCAACACCAAGCACAACCUCCCGCGGAAAGAAACCAAACAGACAAAAAGCGCGUCUAGCCCGCCGCGCCGCCGAACAAGCCGCAGCCGCAGCACAGGCGGAAGAAGAAGCCUCGACACAAACGAACCACCGCGGCAAUGAGAAAGAGAUCAUGGACGCUUCCUUCAAGAAGCUGAAGCUCAAGGAGAUUGAAAUCAACCCAGACGGGCACUGUCUUUUCUCCGCGGUCGCCACACAACUAGACGAAAUGGGCCUCGGACUCCGACCAGACCCCUCCCGAAUCAUUUUGCAAUCUACGACGCAGACGCGCGUGGAUACAGUUGCAAGUCCCAAGCAUGAUGGGUACAGAGCUGUGCGCGCGGUCACGGCGGAUUUUAUCAGCGAGCAUAAGGACGAUUUCGAGCCGUUCAUGGAGGAGCCGAUAGACGCUUACACGCGGAAGAUUAAGCUUACGGCCGAGUGGGGCGGGCAGUUGGAGCUGCAGGCUAUUGCGCGGGCUUACGGGGUGGAUAUUAAUGUUGUACAGGGUGAUGGGAGGAUUGAGAAGAUUGAGUCGGGAGAUGCAAAUGGGGAUGUUGAUGAGGAGGAGCAGAAGAAGAGGGUGAUUUGGUUGGCAUAUUAUCGGCAUACGUAUGGGCUUGGGGAGCAUUAUAAUGCUUUGACGACGAGGGUUUAA